CGUCAGUUUACGGAGAUGAAUAAUAGCCGAGUAGUUCCGAAUGACGGAAGUGAACAGUCCUCCAUUAAAAAAAUUGUGCCAUCUGUCAAAGUUAAAAAUAACAGGAAAUUUAACGCCGUUAAGGCGUUAAUUGAGAAAAUGACUUACGAUUUGCCAUGUAUGUCUUACAUGGCUAUGUACAUUAUAUCUGUACAUAUAGUUAACAGUAAUUCACGGAGUUCUGUUGGUGCUAAUCAUUGGAAACUAAGUUUAGAAGAAGGAAAAGUUUUACAAGCAAAUAAUGACAAAUUGGCGGGAAGUGUAGCCAGCACUGAAGACGAUCCCUUGUUCAGAAUUCUCACAAAUAAGCGUGUAGAGGACGGACAAUGGCUUGUUGAUAACGAACAAGAAUGUGUGAACUGUCGAGAAAUGCAGCAAUUGCCAGUAUCAAGUGAUGCAAACCAGAAAGAGAUGAAUAAUGAUCAAAAACAGAACAAAUCUAGCAAUAAAAAGCUUUUAACUUGUGGGAAAGCUGCUAACCACACACAGUAUGAUCAUCUAAGGGGGAUAACUAAUAGGAGCGAACAUCCGCAUAUACCUGAGCCCGAGGUUGCCAUAAUGUUCCGUAAAAAAGGUGCCAAAAACUCGGAGGUUGAUAUGACAGAAUUAGAGACACGAUUGCGUAAAUUAAAGAAGCAGACACCAAAGUCUUCCUACACAUACAGUCAGAUUGGAAACUACUGGAGAAUACGAGGAAAUACACAACUGUCAAUAGAAUGUUUCCGGAAAGCUUUAGCCAUCUCACCAAACAGUCCAGAUAUUUUACUCUAUCUGGCUAGAAUCUUGUUUAACCUUCAAUAUUUAGACGAUGCAAUUUUCCUCACGCGUAGAUCUCUUGCCAUGCAGUCAAAUGAAGACAACUCCUGGCAUCAACAUUUUACACUUGGUGAAAUUUUAAAAGCUUACGGUCAUUAUCAAGAAGCUAGUCUUCAUUUUCAGCAGGCGUUACGAUUGAACCCAGGAUUUCAAAGAGCGGAAGCACACCUACGUGACAUGGAAGGGACGCCCAAUCCUUCAGUUACUCAGUACACACUCUUUAUAAUUCUGUUUCUAAUUAUGGGUGUGGUUUUUGGAGUAAUUACGUCUAUGGAAGCUAAUUAUGAUGAGGGUAGUGAUGGUAAACCUCAGAGGCACUUUAAUCGGGCUAUGGCCAUGCGUUCAAUGAAGCUGGGUAUAAAUCCGAGGCUUAUAAGAAUGCGAAAGCUAAACGGUGUAUGAAAUAAUCAUUGUAAUCAUUAGCAGUCUAUGGAGUGUGCUUAUAAUAAGCCAAUAAUGCUAUCUCUGUCUAUAAUAAUAACCUGCCAGACUUCUUUUAUACUUGAUUUUUUAAACAAAAAAAA